CAGAGAUCUGGCAGACUGGCAGACCACGUCAGCCAUGCAUCACUUGUUUGAACUGGUUUUGGCGCAAAAGGACCUUUCACGUGCAGGGGAUCUUUUCUCCUUGGGCGAUGCUGAAAUCGAAGGAAGUCUCUCAGAAGCUCUCGAACAAAUAAGAAUAAUUAGUUCGUCUGCGGACUACCAAACUAAUGACAACGACCAGGCUGUGGUGGAAAUCUGCAUCACUCGCAUCACCACCGCCAUCAGGGAGACGGAGUCCAUAGAAAAGCACGGGAAAGCACUGGUGGCUCUCUGGGAGUCGUGCUUAGAGCACAAUCUAAAACCUUCGGGAAGAGAUGAGGACACACCGCAUGCAAAAAUUGCAUCUGAUAUCAUGAGCUGUAUCUUGCAGAACUACAAUCGACCUCCUGUAAUGGCCUUAGCUGUCCCAGUGGCAGUGAAAUUUCUUCAGAGAGGAAAUAAGGAACUGUGCAGAAACAUGUCGAGUUAUCUGUCCUUGGCUGCAAUUGCCGAAGUGAAUCUGCUGGCUGAUCACACAGAUGCCAUUGUCAAAAGUGUCCUUCAAGGGAACUCCAUGUUGCUGCGUGUCCUGCCUUCUUUGUAUGAAAAGCAACCACAGCCGAUAAACCGCUAUCUGAGGGAGCUGGUGGCACUGAUGGCUCAGCUGGACCAAGCAGAGCAACACCACCUUUUAAGGCUGUUCCAGAUAGUGGCUAGGAGAAAAGAACUUGGGGUGUUGAAAGAAUGUAUUCCAUUUCUAAUGAGACACUUAGGAGACCCUAAUUAUAGUGACAUUAUUCUAAGCAUAUUUACAGAAAUAUCUAGAUAUGAACCAAUAGCCUUAGCCACUUUUCUUCCGAUGCUAAAAGAAGUUAGUGAGAGUUUUCCAAGCUUGAUUGGGCAAACAGCGAAGAUCUUUGGAGCUGUUGGACGUAUCCAUGAGGUCCGAUAGAAGCAUGUGAGCAGCAAAAUGCCCUUGCCCACAUACGUGCGCUGAGGAUUGUCUCUUAUCUCACAGCCCACUAUGGUGAUGCCUUCCUGAAAAUGCCUGUUGCUGCUUUUCCCCCCCUCUUUCUGCUACUCUAGUGGAGCUGUGCUAUACGUACGCUGUUAGCUGUUGCUUAUAGACAUGAGUCAACAUCGGGAACCUCCUUUCAAGCCAAACAAAAUAAGUGAGAAGUGAAACGAUAAUGGUAGCACUGGAAUUUUAUUUAUUCGUGUUUUAUUUUACAGGCAGGUUUACUUGGGGAAAAGAGGUGGUCGGGAUGGAGGAGGGUUGGCCCCUUUUAAUAGAGAUUGCAGAUAUGAGCAGAAAAUAGUUUCUGCUGGCUUCUAGAAGCAAUCUCUUGUGCUCGUACUAAAAUGCAUUCUCCACCUUGGCCGUUCAGACAGAACCCCUAGAGAGAGGAGAGAUUUGGCUGAAAAUACAUCCCUUUAUUUUAAAGGUUGCUGUCUUGUUUAUACACGCCACUUCUGUUGAUGUCAGUGAGAGUCUCAUGGGUGAAGCUGAAAUAAGAACUUAUCCCUUAAUCAUAAAUUUGUGCUAAGCAAAACACCAUCAUGGGGCAUAGGUCAAAUGGGCAUUUUAACAUUUUUUUUUCCAUAGCUGCAUGUUUUGAAACAAUUGGAAAUUGGAGUUUCUUCUGAAAUCCUUCUGACCUCUUUUAUAGUCUCCUGAGCCUGAUUUUGAGACAAAGCAAAAUAUUUUGCCCUACCUUGUUACCCAUAUUUUAAAUCUUCACCUACUGGCAGAUAAAGUAAUACCAUAAAACGCAAGAGAUGCUUAUGAUAGACUAUAUGAAUACACAACAUAAGCAUUCUUAAAAUAGUAGUGGGUUGUGUAUAUCCAGAUAGGCUUUCUGAAUUUUUUGGGAUAAAAAUUGUGGCAGAGAUAAUAAUGGCUUUCAUGUUGAGCUAUUUUGCUAUAAUUUUGUUUUGUAGAACAGUUACAUAUUAUAUUACUGGCUAGAGUUUAUUGUUCUUUUACCUCACUCCAGGCGAGUAGCAGCAUUUCAGCAUGGCUGGAGACAUUCCAGCUGGAUCAAAGCGACAUGAAACUGGUCAAAACUUCUCUUCCAGUUACGUCUGCUGCACAGUUUGUUUAGGAAACAAAAAUGUGUUUUAAAUGUUAAUUGAGCCUGUGUUUAUCUCUUGGAGGGUGGAAUGUCUCCCAAAUAAACUAUUGAAUAUGUACCAGAAAGUCAAGCUCCUUCAAGCCAUUGAGAAAAAAGAUUGUUCCAUCACACUACCCCAUCCCAAACAUAGAUGUAUCUGUAGUUUUUCCCCAUAUGGCUAAAGGGAAGCAAUUUGUCUGAUAUUCUUUUCUCAUUUAUCUUUGUCAUGGCACAGCACAGCAGUUCUUCUUUUGUUUGAAAUAAGUUGACUUUUUCUUUAAAAAAUGUCUCGCUUGUGAUAUUUAGGCAGUGUCCUGCUAAACUCCCCAGUGUGUUUUAUGGCCCAGCUGUACUUGGAAUUAAACUUUCAGCUUUUUUUUUUUUUCUCUCCUGCUACAUGGUCCCAGAAGAAUACAGAUAAUAACGCUAUUGCCCUGGCACAUAACUUCUCCUCCUUCUCCGCUAGCUUGCGGGAUGGAGAGAAUUUUUGGUUUCCCUAAAAUGCCUUUGCUUGCGUUCCGGUAGAGGUCCUAAAAGCAAAAGCUUGCCUUAUUUUUGUAACCCGCUGCUGCGAGCCGAACAGAUUGCCCUCAGUGAGCCGUGCCCGUUUGCACCUGUGGAGGAUCUGCUAGGAGCUACUGAGUUGAUCCCUUCUUUGUCUGCUACUUUUCCCACUUUGACAUUUUUCGGUUUGGGGAAUCUAAUACACUUAGGGCAAUUAUAAGAAAACAAAGGAACGCCAGUAGGUUUCCUUACUUCAGAGUUUGUAUUUUAGUAUCUGAAUUUAUUCACAUACACACGCGAAUAGUUGGAGCUGGAGUUGUUCGCGCUCGCCAGCAAGAGAUGAUAAGGUAUCUUUGAUUUGAAUUUUUUAUGUUACCAUCUGAAACAACCGCUUUAAUCCUAACUUGUGGGGGACGUGAUCUCACUGAUAAAUUGGCUAGCAACGCUUUUUGCCUGCAGUGGACAGGUCGGACUCGCGAUACGCUGGCAAUGAUUGAUAUAACUGUCAGCAGCUUAUCAAGCGUGAUGAGAUCUUGAAAUGAAAUCUCGUGCGAAAUUUCUCUUUGUUGCGGCGUUAGUCAUGGUUCUAAUCUGAGUGUUGCUCUUAAAUGAGCUGCUAUGAAAACACAGGCUCUCGGUGGUUGACGAGGUACUUGAACAGCAAGCCAUUAGGCCCUGAGCGUGGAGAAGGCGCUGAAGCCGUGUGAGUGGCACGGCGAAGGCAAGGCUGACGACCACCCCGGCGCACGUGGCUCUGCGGGGUGGCCGCUGCCGUCUGUGUGACGUUGAGUCAGAAGGAGCCGGGGUGAGUCUGGGUAGCACCAGUGAAGACAAGCUCUUAGGCAACGCACCAAACGGAUCCGAAAGGGAAGUGGCGACUGGGAAACUCUGUUCUGAACACGAGGUGUUCGCUUAAAACUUCUCAACUAGCUACUCGUGACAGUGAGUGGCGUAUGCAGAAUUCGCUGUAAGUGCCUGCUAACCUAUGAUUAUUUGCACCCAUGGUGUGGAGGGUAACGUGGACAAAGCAAAAAUCUGGAAAUAAGCCUAUUAAUACAAUGAGGCUGUAACGCAGACUAAAAAACUCAGAUACUGUCAUUUGUGAGAUGCAGAUUUCCACAAGCCAGUGCGGACCCGAGCCCCAGAGACUUCUCAGGGCUGAGGUGAGCUCUCGUGGCACGUUGUAACGUGCUUGUGUCAGUGCUGAUGGCUCGGAGAACUUUAUGUGCAGCAGGUAAGUUAUAAAUAUGAGGAGAAAGGCUCUAGGAAGGAGAGAAUUUGUGACUAGGGCAGCAUGUGUGAGACCUUGGACCACUGUGAGAGAGUCUACUCGUCACGAACAGCACAAGAUAUAACACAGACAGGGCAAGGGAAACUGAGGUAUAGACAGGUGAACUAGCUUGGCCAGGCUUUGAUAAGGCCUAUCAGAGACAAAGACGAAAGUGGGAUCUGGUCUGCUGCUGGUGCCCUAAUUGCUGAACCAGGCUGAUACAGUGCCCUUAGAGCAACGCAGGGCCCUCAAAGUGUCUAUGGUCUCUGUCUCUAGGUUUGAGUAGCAGACAGGGUGUAUUCAAAGCUAGGCCAGGUUAGCUAAUAGAAAGAGCGAGAAAUUUAAAGUCAAUAGUACACAAAAAUAAACACUGUACUUGAUGCAGUUGUCUUUUUCCUAGUUGUUGCAAGAUAGCUGUUAUUCCCUAAUGGCAGUGUUUUAAUCAGCAGCGUACACACAAAUUACCCUUGCACAAACCAACACGGAAUGCAUUUGUUUAAAAUUGUUUUUAUGUCCCUGCGUUGUCUAGGAGCAAGCCAGAAUAUGUCUGAUGCAUUUGGUGAACCAGCUGGCCAGUAUGGAGCACUCGUUUCACCACGUUGUUUUGCUGGAGAUCAAGAA